UACUCAGGCCGUAGCCGUGCGCUCCAACGAGGGUCUCUGGCCGCGCUGCAGUUAUUCGGUUGGUGAAAUCGAACGAAGAAGCACACGAUCUUGGAAGACGACGACAACGAAUACGGUUUACGGUGGUGACCAACGACGACGCGCGUGAUCCGUUCAGCUGUGCGCCUUUCCCCGUUGUUCUUGCGCGCAUUCGAGUGUAGUACAGUCAGUCCGUGGUGGUGAUACGUGAUUCCGAUCCAGAUGGUGGUCGCCGUUCCGGGCCAUUGAAGUCAUCGCACAAGUAGGACUUCCCUCUCGUCCAUCCCAACCCACGCGCAGUGAUCCAGCCAUCCGUGAAUGUGGGUAAACAGCUCCCCUCGGGUAUUGCAGUUUGCGUGGUUUCUUGGAGAUUUUGAGGAACCGGAAGUGACUACGUGACUUUCGAUCGAAUGAUUUGGGGAAGUUUCCGAGUGGAUUAUUACGGUUCGUGAGAAGAAAAUCCCCCAAAUUGAAGAUUACUCAAAGUGAUAGUGUGCCGUGUCGUUGAUGAGUCAAGUGAAACGAGGAUGAUUAACCCCGGAUUCGGUGGGAGUUGCACAACCAAGAGGAUAUAGAAAAAGACGACGACGACGGCGACGAUCGCACAGGCGCGCUAAAUACUUAGGGGGCAGCCAGACAGCCGGUUUUCGAGUGAAAGGAGCGCGGCAGUGUUUUGCACAGGAGAAAUUUCAGUUUUUUGCAAAGGUGCGAAACGAAAAUACACGGUAACAACGCCACCGCCGCUGGCUGGGAAGUUCGGGUGAAUGUUACAAAAGCCUGGCGCGCAAAAGUGUGUUUGUGAGUCUGGAACGGAUCGAUAGAAAUACGAGUCAACACUGUGUCUUGGAUAUAACGUUUACGUGCGUCAAUAUUUUACGUUGCUGAGAUUUCACCACGCGAGAGCCCCAUCAUUUUAUGAAUAUUCAGAUCCUACCUUCAAAGCGAGAGUUCUUCACCAUUAGCCAGGCAUAUGUAAACAGAACGGAAUCCAAACAAUUUUACUGAAUGCACUUCCUAUAACGAGGGCUCGUUCAAUUGAGCCAACAGUAGUGACUACCCGAUACAGAGGAGAAAAUUCAAUACCGCACAAACGUCAUACGAAAAAAUAUCCCCAGAACUUCUUUGAUCAGAUCAAUAAAAUACCUGAACCACUGCUACACAUAGCAGUAUCCACCCAGCAUCCAACCAUGGAAACGAGGCGAAGGCAGAGCAGACGAACUCUGCUCCUACGCUGCAGACGUCAAACGUUCGGCUGCGUAUUGCUGGCCCUGGUGGCUUCCUUGACCGGUAUCCAUGCGGAACAAAUCACCGAUGAAAUCCGGCUCGGUGACACGACAAUGGCGACGGUGACUAAUCGGAAUCUAAUUAGCUCCAGCGAGGCAGCAGCUCCCGCCAGCAACGUCAGCACCGACCUCGGUAUGCUGCAGGAGUUCGAAGGCGUACUGGAGAACUACGUUAACGAUGCGUUGGAUCGAAAUUACAACGAAAUUCUGGGCGAGAUUUCACCGGUACUGGCCAGCAGUGGGAAUGCAUCCCGACCGGCGCGGAGGGGCGACUACGGUAGCCUUUUGAGUGGCCUGCCGGAGCUGUCCGAGUUUGAUCGGAAAAUUGUGCGAGGAGUGGCUCGGUUUGUCGACCGAAGGUUUUUCAGUCAGGAGAAAAUGGCGAGAGCUGUCGAGAGUGGGAGAUUGUUUUUCUUCAAAGGACUGAAGAAAAUCGUUUGGCCACUGUUAGUCGGUCUGCAAAUUGUGAAAACCGUCCUGCUGGUGCUUUUCCUGCCCAGCAUCAUCGGAUCGUUGGGUAAAAUCGUCGGCAAAGGUCUAUCGUCGGUGUCUGUGCUAUCGAAUCAACCCACCACGGUGGAAGAUUUGGACUUCAAGGACAACUCCUACAACUCGGAUCAGGACUUUAACAUGAACAUGGAAAAUAAUGCCUAUCUGCCUCCGUUAGAUUCUCAACCGGCUGGCACCAGCUACAACAUGAUGUAUGACACAAACAAUGCCAAUGCUGCCCUGUCCAGGCUGGGCUUCGGAGGUCAGCGAGUGACGUACGUCAACACCGGAAACGAGUACAACCGGCAGCAGAAACGAAACGAUUUCAAAAUAUUCCACGACAUUCCAAGUAGUAGUUUGCUGUUGACGAAUUACGAUCCCUUCUACAGUCCACUGCUGUCACGGCUGGAUGCCGUUUUUGCCCAGAUGGGCCUAUCGAACAGGGAGGAGCCCUGUCGAGAGAAGUUGGUGUGUUUGAUGUAUUCCAAUCCGGCCAAGUACGCGCCGUACAGCAAUCUGAUAUCGGCGCAGCUGAGCAGGGAACUGAACGAACUGCGCAAACCCACCAACGACAAUCCGGACAUCCUGCGGUUCUUCAAGUACAUGCGGGCGGCCAAGGACGGCCAGGACGGGGUGGACUGCGACCGGGUGCACAAGGAGUGCGGCAACUAUCAGGAUCUCUCCAACCCGGCCAUGGUGACGACGUUCAACGAUAUCAACAAACUGGUUCAGGCACGCAAACUGUAGUGUAGGAGAAGCGAAGAAACGAGAGAAGAAAAAAAAACAACUACAAACCAAUGCGUUAGGAUUUCAGGAAAGACAAAACAACAACGUGGGGAAGUUGGAAAAGUGGAUUAACUUUAGGUGUUUGUAGGAAGUUACUGGGAAAAGAGUAAACCUGUGGAAAAUCUUUCGCCCCAGGUAAAAGAACGCAGCGUGGAGUGAGUCAGGAUAGCAGGUGGCAAUCGCACACAGACACAUACACCUACAAACAUGUAGCUGGAAGCGAUGACGGCUUUUUAAGUGGAAGUCUUCUUGGACUUGGAUGCGAAAGAUUGGAUUUGCCGUAGCACGUUGAAAAACUUUUAUCCUUUCAGCUCUUCUUCAGUGGGUGGUGUGUCCCCGUCCACCCUUUGGAAAGGUACGGAGUGCACCGGUUGUGCGAUGGGAUAGAUGUUGUAGGGAGAACGAUGAACCGUAGACAAGUUGUAGCUGUUGCACCCCAGGGAUAGUUAUCUACCAGCUGGAAUUAAUUUAGUAGGAUGAAAUGUGCCUGUAAUUAUUUAUUUUUGUAAUUUAUUCUUCUCCCACUGUCCUGUCUAUUUAUUUAUUUAUUUAUAUAAUUAUUUAGUGUCCUGUUUAGGAUUAGGAGGAUGAAAGAUGAUUUUAUCCUUAAAUUUCCUCAUCAUUCAAUGGGAAAAUGUUUUGUUGCCUACAUACGUGCAGUGAUUCGAUUUUAAUUUCAUACUGAACAUUUGUUUUCACAUCUAACUGAUAAUAGUACAGAUAUUAAACAAUUUAUAGAAUUCAGAUUAACGUUUGUAAUAAGAUUUUUGCUAGGAAUUCAUUUGAAUUUGAUUGAAAGUGAAAACACUUUCCAGAAUGUAUAUUAUAAAAAGAGUCACUGCACGCUUGGUUAUCGUUGAUUAGGAUUUAACUUAUUUAUUCUAGUAGUAACAAGUAGCAUAAAUAUUUAUUUAGAAUCCCAACAACUCCGAGAUCAUUGGUUUCCAGUUGAAAAACUUCCUCAACCGAGCAGAGCCAUUCAUACUACACUAACGAGAAACGAACCGCACAAUUUGCCGUUAUAAUUGAAUUCGCAAUAUGAGACCGGAUUCAACAAUAAAACCGCCUCCAAUAGAGAGAGAGCCGGGUGGGACAAAUAGCAGUCAGGAUUGAAUGAAAUAUUAAUAUUAUUCCUAGCGGAGCAGUAGGCAAAACCAGAUGUACGAUAACACUUCUGUUCGAUCUUGGAUGCGACAUCCGUCUAGUGUAGAUGUAGAUGUGUAGGCAUUAGGAUAUUGUUAGCAAAAAGUCACAGGAAGAAAAAAGUAGCAAAUGUACGUCGUGCAUUGAUGAAGAAAACAUGCCCCGCUGUAAAAUAUUGUCCUCGGGGAGCGUCACCGAGGACAUUUUCUGCUCCUUCUAAGAAGCGCCUAGAAGAGGGUAGAGCACCAGAAGAAAAUAAUAACCGAGAUAUGUUGGAAUGUGUGUGUUCGACUGCUCAUUCCUUGCGAGCCAGUCAGUUUGCCUGAAAGAGUGUGUGGCACACGAACAUGAGAUGAUAAUAAAAGACGAAUCAAAUCAACAA